GAGUAAAACUCAGUUUAAUACUUUGAACUAAGAAAUGUUUUAUGGCCAUUCAACAUGUAACAUGUAAAGUUAUAGUAUAAAAAUUAUUUCCCAAUCACAUAGAUGUUGGGGGCAGGUCAUUUUGUUGAAUGUAAGUUACUUAUGUGUAUCAGUUAAUAAGAAGCACCCUCUAUAGAUAAAUGAUAUAUAGGUAUUACAUUGUCAGUUAAUUUAAAUUGGAUAUAUUAAGUAAAUUUCAGUGAAAUGCAUGUGUUUCUGGAGUUGAAUAUAUAACAUAUAUUUUACAUUUUUACCAGAUUUAGCAGGACAAGGGAUGACUUGUGUUUUGAUUGAAAUUGACUCUCUACAUGGAAUAAGAGCAAGGGAUAUGUUUGAUUAUGUCUUGAAACAAUCCAGGAGAAUACUGCUGUAUAUAACUACACAUUACCUGCAAGAUUUUUCGUUGAAGAUGGAAACAAAAGGGAUAAUGCAUGCAGCUAUGUCACAGCAAAAGCAAGUCAUCCCUGUAUAUGGAGACAUCACCAGUGAAGAACAGAGAAAAUUACCUUUGUCCUUGAGACAUUUGAUACCCAUAGAUAGCAGAGAGGAAGGAUUUUUGAAACAUUUGUCAAUGAGGAUCAAAGGGGAAGAUAUAGAAUAUAAUGUUUUCAUUUUUUAUGAUGGAAGAGAUGAAAUAGAGGUAGAACAACUAUCUCAAGGUUUGUGGAGAUGA